GGUGUUCCUGCGACGAAAACGUAUUUCAUUCAACAGCGGCGGCCUGUGAUUUCACUUGAACGCUGUAAUUUUUCUGUCUUUGGUGGAGGAUUUGUCUUUGCAAUCCAUCACCAUCAUGAAACUCGUAAGAUUUUUGAUGAAACUCAGCCAUGAAACUGUGACCAUUGAGUUGAAAAAUGGAACCCAGGUCCAUGGAACAAUCACAGGUGUGGAUGUGAGUAUGAACACCCACCUGAAGGCGGUGAGAAUGACUCUGAAGAACCGGGAGCCCACCCAGCUGGAGAGCCUUAGUAUCCGUGGCAACAACAUUAGAUACUUCAUUCUGCCGGACAGCCUGCCCCUGGACACUCUGCUGGUGGACAUAGAACCCAAGGUCAAAUCCAAGAAGCGAGAGGCUGUUGCUGGGCGUGGUCGGGGCAGAGGAAGAGGGCGUGGCAGAGGUAGGGGCAGGGGCAGAGGAGGGCCCAGGAGAUGAUUGCCGUAAUGACACAGCUGUCAGUCAUGUCCUACUGUUUGUACAGCAAUGUUUUUUGUCACUUUUUCUCAGAAACAUUUGUGAAUCUCAGUGCAGGUUUUUGUUUUUCUUAUUUUGUACAUUAAAGAUGUUCUACGUGAACAACCAAU